AUGGAGCUUGCUGCUGGAGUGGAAGACGGGGUCCAAGAGGGCUGGGGCUGGGGGGUCCAUGCCAGUAAGCCUGCUGUCUCCCGAGCCUGUCCUCACCGCUAUGUUAGCCGUGCGGCGCCCUCUGGUGGGCCCAGGCUGCGGCUGUUCUCAGGUUCUCUGUCAGUGGAGAUGCCAGGAAGGUCUCAGAUAGCAUACGUGAAUGGCAAUGUGACACUCUCCUGCCAAAUCCCUGGCUGCCCCAGCCUGGACACCAGGAUUAUGGGUGUUACCUGGUAUCGGAAGGAUCUGGUGUCUGAAGCAGAAAUCAAGGUGUUUGAGCUUUAUGGAGAUCAGCAAAAGGCAUUCCGACGUGGGGCCAUGGUGUCUGCACAGAAGCUGAAGAGGGGUGACGCCUCCCUCCAGCUGCCUGGGGUCGGGCUGGGGGAUGCAGGCGAAUACCGGUGUGAGCUGACGGUCACCCCUCAGAAGGCAAAAGGAUGGGUCUUGUUGGAAGUUCUCGCUAAACUAGCCAUCACAUUGAAAAAACCCAUAGUGAAAAGUAAUGGCACACACCUUGUGUGUCAGUCAAGUGGGUUCUCCCCAGAAUCCAUAAGCAUAACAUGGGUGAAGUGGACCCAGAAGGCUCCCCAGAGCCAAAGGAUUUCCAAGGACAACGUUACUGGUCCCACCGUUAAGAAUGAGGAUGGUGUAUUUAGCAUCACCAGCUACUUGAAACUCAAUGCCUGUCUGGAAGACAAUGGGACCAUCUACCAGUGUGUGGUGGAGUACCCAUCUUUGAGCAUCUCCCAGAAGGUGAACUUCACACUGCCUGUGAUAGAAGCUGAGAGGAUUCAUCUCUCUUUGGUUGAUAAAAGAUUCAUUUGGUAUUUUGCACUGAUUUUUUAAAUUUUGUUUUUGGUACUGACAACUUGGAAAUGUGCUUGUAAGGAAGACGGUGGAACCACUCAGCAAAAUCUAAUCCCCGUUUUUAAAAUUAGGAAAAGGUGCUGUUAUGCAACAUCCAGCGAUGAAGGUACAGAAGAAACCACGGUCCUGAAUACUUCGGUAGUUUACACAUAUGA